AUGGAAUUUGGGCCUGGCCUCCUGGAUAGACUGGAUAGUAAUCAUAUUCUUAGGACUGUUGAGGUUCCAAACAUUCAGCUGGACGAUAAUGACAAAGUCAUGUGGUUAUCUAAUAUGAAUAAGAAGAUGAGCUUUUCAACCGAACAGACUUGGAUGGAUCUUAGAACAAACUGGCCAAAUGUUGUAUGGAAGAAUGUAGUAUGGUAUAGUCGGUUUAUUCCAAAACAUGCUUUUAUUUUAUGGUUGGCGGUCCAGGGGAAGUUAAUGACUCAAGACAGAAUUGCAAGAUGGCAAAGCAAGGGUGGAAUACAAUGUGCUCUGUGUAAGAUAAGUGCCGACAGUCAUGAGCAUCUUUCCUUUCAAUGUGAGUAUGCUAGAGGGGUCUGGAAUGAAUUAGAGCCUUUGAAAUACAGAUUGGGUAUUGUGUAUGAUCUGCAAGAUUUGGUCAGUUCAAUUGCUAUUUUAGAAAAGUGUGAAAAAUAUAGAAUUGGUGGAUAA